UGCGAUAUAGGUACCUCUCGGUGUUCUCGGCUGCCGGCGGCCCGCUAUGAGUAGACAAACCACCAGCUGACAGUUGAGUUAUUAAUUAUUUGUAAUUUUCUAGCCUCGAACGCGAAUCCGACUACCCGAGUAGGCAACGUCGUAAAUUCUUUCACAUCUCAACGAAGUCGGCCGUUGGUUUGUUAAAGCUAGAACGCUAAUUAUCAAGUGUUCUGAUGGAAUGGAGAGCGGAACUUCGAGUCUCGAGGCCUUCUCCGGGUAUCGUUGGACGUAUUUCUUCGAACUACCAGAAGGUGCGCUUCGUUCACGAGCCGAAUCGUUCUUGCGAUCCGUAAACUGGCCUGGACUCCUCGAGUUUGCGACCAAGGAUGGGAUCAGCGGCACACUCCUCUCCGAUAUUGGCCUUGGUCAAAAUCACAUGGUUCGAAUUAUUGAGUUUCCUGACGGGACUCGGUGGUUGGCACGAUUGGAAUUGCCACCUCUGCCUGGAUCUGAACACUCUGAAGACGUUUUAGUGGCGAAGAGAAGUUGCGAAAUCACUACAAUCUCCUUCCUACGGCAGAUGACCAGCAUACGUAUUCCUCAGAUUUACGAGUUCGACUUGCGUAGCGACUGUAACGUGGGAGCGCCAUUCACCAUAAUGGAAUGUUUACCGGGCAAUGCAGGAAUGGAUAUUGCUAUGACGAUACCACCUGUAUACAAGCACAAGAUUCUACGCGACCUUGCAAAGAUUCAUGUUCAACUCUCGAAGACUCUACUACCAAAGAUCGGUACUAUUACCUCGAUCAACGAGGACGGCACAUGCCAGCAAGGUCCGAUACCCGGAUUAGGUGGCCCUUUCGAUACCGCGACUCAAUUCUUCCAAGCAUGGGCGACCAAAGCGAAGUUUGGCGUGACAGACGAGCAACUGCGACAAGCAUCUGGCGCAUAUGCUGAUGAAAUUGCCCAGUCAGUCUCUGUAUUUGCCAAGUCUAUCAGCGACCUAGCCAGUAAGCUGUCUCUUCGAGAUGGUGGCCCAUUUCCUGUCUGGAAUUCCGAUUGGGGCUGGAACAACAAUGUAUACGAUGAAGACGGAAAUCUUCUUGGCUCUGUUGACUGGGAGAAAACCUUUGCUGCGCCAUGGGAGUUAUUUGCGGAUUACCCUUUGGGUCUCACAACGAUACCCCCGGCUAUGGAUGCUCCUUGGAACUACGAUGAAAAUGGCUACCCAAAGGAUGCCGAACUGGCUCAGAGGUUUGCAGAUCAGCAAGAAUAUAUCACAGCCGUGAGACAGGAAGAGAUACUAAUCGGUGGAACUGAAUGUCGUCUAUCACAAGGGCUCAGUGAUACAAGGAGGCAGCAACUGGCGAGUGCGAUGAGGCUAUAUCUGGACGGAAAACCUGGCUUUUACUCGAAGGUAGUUGACCAGUUCAUGUCCAGAUAGCUUUGGUGACUGCAGUUAGUCGACAAACUUACAUGAAUUACGCGCGACAUCCUA